AUGUCAGUGACUGCAGACGAAAUUAACUAUCUUGUCCAUCGCUACCUCGAAGAAAGCGGCUGUCCACAUUCCGCCUUUAUUUUCGGAAGUGAAUGUCGUCUUGAUCAAGCAAACAUCCAAGCAACGCAAUUACCGCCACAAGCUUUAAUUACGAUUCUCAAAAAAGGUAUGCUCUAUAUGCAAAUGGAAAAGGGUAUCAACGAGAAAGCUAAGACUGAUAGUUCUCCUGAAAGCAUCGUUUUAUCAAUUACUGAAGCUGUACGCCGCGAAGAGCCAAUUAUUCCUACAAAACCUCCUGUAAAGCUAAAGGAUGCUCCAAAACCUGCCGUCAAGAUACCAGAUCCAAUUCAAAUUCCGCAAUCAUCUGUUCUCAUUUUAGAUGGACACAUCGGAGACGUUUAUUGCGGUGCCUGGACUCAUGAUGGUAAGCUCUUGGCUACAGGCAGCUCUGAUGCGACAACAAUUAUCUGGAAAAUUCGUGACCGUGAAUAUUAUCAACAUUACAUAUUAGAUCACGCUCAACAAGAGCGUAGCAGCAAAGACAUUGCCACAUUAGCAUGGAAUCCUGACAGUACUCUUCUCGCUACUGGUUGUUAUGAUGGUACUGCGAGAUUAUGGACUUACAAAGGCGAACUUAGGUUUGUUCUUGGACAUCACGUUGGCCCUGUCUUUACAGUUCAAUUCUCUCCGGACGGAACUAACCUUCUUACGGGUUCUUCCGAUAAAAAGAUAAUUUUAUGGAAUGCAAAUACGGGAGAAAUGCGCCAAGUCUUCUCACAUCACAAGAGUUAUGUUCUUGAUCUCGACUGGCGUGAUAAUUCGAUAUUUGCUUCAUGUUCUGGCGAUUCUACCGUUGCUGUUUGGAAAGUUGGCCAACAAACACCUUUACACGUUUUUGAAGGCCACAAAUGUGAAGUAAAUAAGAUCACAUGGGAUCCUACAAAGAAAUUACUCGCAAGUUGCUCAGAUGAUAAAACAAUUAGAAUUUGGCGUCCAUUUGAGCGCGCAAACCCAAUUAUCCUACAAGGACAUACACACCAUGUAUAUACAAUCAAGUGGUGCCCAGGUGAUCCAAAGAUUCUCGCAUCUGGCGCAUUUGAUUUCUCUGUCAGACUUUGGGAUGUAACAACCCAGCAAUGCAUCCGCAUUCUUACAAAACACACACAGCCUAUUUAUACUAUUUGUUUCUCUCCGAAAGGAAAUUAUUUCGUUUCUGGAGGUAUUGAUAAUACAUUAUAUGUUUGGCGUACUAGUGAUCAAGCUCUUGUUGCUUAUUAUGAGGCAAAGAGUGGAAUGUUUGAAGCUCAUUGGGAUCCAACUGGAAAAUAUAUUGCAAUGUGUUUGGCAAAUGCUACUGUAGCUGUUAUUGAUAUAACUGAUAUUAUUAACGUAAAUGAAUAA